AUGGCAACAAAGACAUUUGCCCUCCUUGUAGUCCUUGCUCUUUUAGUGAGCGUGGCCACAGCAGUCUUUAUCCCACAAUGGUCACUAGCUUCCACCGCUGCAACUAUUCCGCAAUACAUCCCAUCAGUAACAAGUGUGGGGUUUGAAAACCCAAUUGUGCAAUCCUACAGGCUACAGCAAGCGCUCGCAUCAAGCAUCAUACCAUCAGCCUUAUGGCAGCAACAAUCCUCAGCCCAUUUGGCAGUACAAAGCGUCGUCGCACAGCAACAACUGCAACAGCUUUCGCCAGCAUUCAAUCAACUAGCCAUCGCAAACCCUACUACCUUCUUGCAACAACAGCAGCUUUUCCAAGCACUCAACCAACUGGCUGUAGCUAACACUGCUUCCUACUCGCAGCAACAGAUGUCUUCAUUCAACCAACUGGCUGUUGCAAACCCUGCCGCCAUCUUGCAGCAGCAACUGCUAACACUGAACCCACUAACUGCGGUAAAUCCCACCGCCUUCUUGCAACAAUAGCAGCUGCUGCAAUUGAACCAACUAGCUACGACAAACCCUGCCGCAUACUGGCAGCAACCCAUCGUUGCCGGUUCCAUUUUCUAGAUUACUUAUGAGUUGUACUUCAACAAUAAAGUUUACAUGCCGACGUGUGUAACUUUCUGGAAAUAAUAUUAGUAUUG